CACACUCCCACCCCUCAUUUGUAUCCCCUCUCCUUUUUACCGCGAUAUACCUUUAACCGAAAACAACCGAAGUUGGGGACUCGUCGCUCUUCGGAAUAGUCCGGCGACACUGGAUUGUCCGGUGACUGUCAUUAACCGUCUGAUGACUGUUAUAUUACCGACGAUUGGAUAUUUUGAGGUUAACAGUUGGGGAAAAAAUGCAGCAGGCCAGUCUCGGUCAGAGUAAUAUUGAUAAUUAUGAGAGAGAUUUGGAGAAAAAUAUGGGUGAUGUUGAUGUGAAGAGGGAGCUGCAAGAUGAUGUGAGGAUUAAACAGGAGAUACCGGAGGAUGAGUCACCAAAAUCGAGCGAUAAUUAUGAGAAAAAUUAUGAAGAUAAGAAUAAGGAGAAUUAUGAGCGAUACGAUGUGUACAGGGGACUAGUGGAAAAUCUGGGGAGAAUAUCGGGACAAUAUCCGGUGAUGCAUCCGGCAUAUCGAGCCGUCGGCCCCGGUCAGGGCAAUCCCUUCGGUUUUCCCCAUUUUUACUCGCCCCAGAUAUCCCAUGAAAAACGAGAUAAUGAAAGCAGUGAGGGCAAUAGACUCGGUUAUCAUCGACAACCCACUCAUUCAGGUGACUUCAACGAGGGUUUGAUGAGGGACUAUCAUCCCUGUGAUUACCAAAAAUUAAGCUACGGAGUUCCACCGAAUUUUCGUAAUUCCGUCGAGUUGGCUUACUUCAAUCAACAACAGGCGAGUCAUAACUUCAGGAUGAAUUUUUAUCAAGGCAGGCAGAGAAAAUGGAGUAACUUCAACCUGAGGUCACUCCAGUCAUCCGUACCAACCUGGUUCGCACGACCGGAACUUCCAGUAUCCCAUUCAUCAUCAACACCCAGGACUCGUCUGGACCUCUCCAAAGCAGCGGAACCACCCCUGGACAACACCAAGAUCCACGGACAUACGCCCACCAUCUGCACGUCGAUCAGAUGCACUAUCACCGGCUGCACCUGCGACUCCUUCACUCCUGGCAAACGUCAUCUACGGUAUUGCGACAAGUGUCAUCAUGGCUGGGUUCUUCACGCCCUAGCACGACUGUCAGGUGGUGGGGAUGUCGCCACCGGCCCACGAUACACUGGUAGGGAGGACAAAAGCGCCGUAGGGAGGGUAAAGCUAAAUGCUGAGUCUCGUAGUGGGGAUGAUGUUGAGGUCGCAAAGAAGGAGGAGAGUCGACCGGCUUCAGAGACUGUCGAGCCGACGGCCGUGUUUGACGUCGCAUCACUCGUCCUUUACGGCUCACGCGCACUACCAAUACGACUUAAGAUACUACUUGAUCAGUUGUUUAAUCAGUUGUCCAACGCGAAAGUGACACGACUACUAGCCGCAUUCGGCUGGACCCACGAGGAUUACACUAGAGGAUACAUACUGCAGGACUCGGAGAACGGUCCAGUGCUCGACAGAUGGAGCAUCUGUUCAGCUGAAGAGGAGCCGCUGGUGUUGCAGCAGUUCCUUAGAUUUCCGGAGACGCGUCCGUUUGUGCAGCAACUUUUGCUUGCUGCCAGUACGACAGCGUCGACGGAUGUGAUGUCACCUAGUAGACGACCAUCACCACCUACUAUGCCACUGGCCCAUCUACCGCCAUCGUUACACCUAUUGCACAGCCGUUUACCACAUCCUGGUUCACGUUUACCACCGCCAUUGCCACCACCACCACCACCACCAUCAGUAACACACUCAUCGAUGUCGCCGUCCGCCCAGCAGAAGCACUUUUCACCCUCAACAUCAUCAAUAAACAGUACCAAUCACAGUGGUGCAUCACCACCGCGAAAUAUCGAUUCAAAUCACUCACACCUUGGAUCACCCCUAAAUCGAUUGCAGAGUAUGCAGCCCUUUGAUUUUCGAGAGCUCGGAAGUCUAGGUCUCGCUAGUUUUCCACACCUAGCACCACCACCCCUGGAGCAACUGAUGCAAUCGAGAAAAUCACUGAGACAUCCACAGAGUCCCCACAGUCCACCUCAUCACUCAACGGCAUCUCAACUGAGGCCACCAAUGCCAGUUGCACCAAUUUCAACAACAGCCUUGGCAUUUGGUCAUCCACUGGCAGUGGCAGGCUCAUCUGGUGCGCUGCCACCAAAUUUUCCUGUCAACUUCUCCCAUCCGUCCAUGGGAAAGAUGACGGCAAGUGCUGUACAGCAUGAUACCCAGAGUGUUGGCGAAAAGAGCAGCGAAUUUGGUUCUGAGACUGAAGACGACGAUGAGAAUUCCGGUAGUGCAUUAAAUCUCAGCAGAAGGGAUUCGAAUCACAAAGCCGAAAAGCAAAGACUACGAUCACUGCCACAACAGUCGACCGCUGCCCUCGGCAGGCCACCAACACUACCCGGACGAAAAUCACAAUCACCUGGUAAACGCAAUCAAUGGGGAACAACAUCAAAUCUACCGCCCAAUCUCGGUACACCGUUCAUCAAUCCGGCAACUGGCAAAAAACGGGUUCAGUGCAAUGUAUGUUUAAAGACAUUCUGCGACAAGGGUGCAUUAAAGAUUCACUUCAGUGCUGUUCAUCUUAGAGAGAUGCACCAGUGCACAGUCAAGGGUUGUAACACGAAAUUUAGCUCGAGAAGAUCGAGAAAUCGUCACAGUGCCAAUCCAAAUCCAAAGUUACAUUCACCGCAUCUGCGAAGGAAGAUAUCACCCCACGAUGGGCGCUCAUCGAUGGCGCACGCCCUAGUUCUACCUCAGCAGAUUGGCCUACCUGUGCCAGCGAGUGGACUCAAUCAUCUGCCAUUUGGAUCAUUUCCCCUCCUAACACCACCACCUGAUCUGAGAUCACCGGCAUCCCUCUGCGGUCUCGACUUCAAGCAUUUGGAUCUCUCGUCGACGAGUCAGGCAAUGUCGUACGAGGAGGCAAUCCACCAGAGAAUGAUAACAACGACCGCUGCCACCACAACUGCACCCUCAUCAGGGCCUUUCACUUUCACGACAUCAACGACACCCAGUGGUUUGAUGAGGGGCUCCUCCAGCACGAGCACAGCCGGUGGUAACUCUCCGUCAUCACAGACACCUUCGAUUAUUCUUGAGGGAGAGGAGGAUGACGACGAUGAGGAGGGCAUUGUAAUCGUCGGAGAUGAGAUUGAGGCUCUGCAGGCAGCAGCUGCCAGGAACGAGGAGGAGUCACAAUCCGCUCCCUUCAACCUCGCCAAACGACCGAAACUGUCUGGCGAGGGCCAGGACGAGGAAGUCAGCAACACAGACAGUGUCGACGACACUGACUCCAUGGGCACCAUAGAACACCACAUUCCCUUCAACAAUCUUCACUCUCAACUUAACACCACCAAUUUCAACAACCGGGGAGUGAGAAAGAGGAAGUCCCAACAUCCAACGAGAUGUGCUGUACCAACAAAUGUCCACUCACCCAUGACCGACGCAGACUCGUCGAACGACGCUGUCUUUCAGGAUCAGCCCGAGGACAUGUCAAUGUCACGUCUCGAGCAGCAGAGAAAGACAUCACCAUCGCCGAGACUAGCCUUCAACAAUCGAUCUCACUCACCAACACCCGACAAACAUUUAAAAAAUCAUGAUAAUCUCAAAACUAUGGAGAACGGUGAGCCACAGGAUGAGCCACGAGAUCUCAGCUCAGUGAAGAGAUCAUACACACCCGAGCAAAUAAAACGUGAGCCAUCAUCGCCAAAUGCUGAUAUUGCCGAGAAACAUAACAGUCCGUCGACGGAAAUGACUGUCACCAGAGAUGAUAAAUCACAACCAGAGGAUGGGGAAACAACUCACCAAGUGAAAAUGGAAAUGCCAGAGAACUCUGCAACAGCUGAGCCAUCGCGAUUACCUACUGAGGAGGAUGACUACCUCGACGACGAGUCAAAGGACACUAUCCACCGUAAACGUCAAGGUGAGCGUACCGAUGUAUCCUCCCGUGCCCCGAGCUCGGUCGACAGCUAUCCGACUGCUAACGAUGAGCUAUCCCUCGACUCCUCGAAUGCUUUGCGUCAACUCGAGUCCUUGUCGCAGGGUCGCAUGGGUCCAAUGGCACCGAGAGAGAGACAACAAUCGAUACCUGGCAGAGUAUCAAUCAGCCCAUCAACCAGUCCAAUGAUCCAGGACAACAUGGACAACUGCUCACGUGGUUCGCGUUCAUCCAGCGGCUCGCCAGCGGCUAUGGAUACCGACAAUAGUCUCAUAACCUACGCAAGAUAUGAGAACGGUGGUUUCGUUAGUACCCAGGAGGUGCCACUGGAUCGUGAAAAUCCAAGGAGAUGCACCGCCUGUGGCAAAGUCUUCCAAAAUCACUUCGGGGUUAAAACCCACUACCAAAAUGUACAUCUCAAACUGAUGCACCGGUGCAGUGUCGACGGUUGUAACGCUGCAUUUCCAUCCAAAAGAUCCCGGGACCGACACUCAGCCAAUCUCAAUCUCCACCGAAAACUCCUGUCAACAUCCUCGAGCCCACCCCUAUCAGCCAGUCUACCCUCGAGUAUAUCACCAAGAAUCGAGGAGACACAAUUAAAUCCACUACUUCACAAUGAUUUUCUCGCUCGACUCUACGCUGAUGCGGGAAUUGGUGCACUUGGUGGUUAUCCUCUGUCAUCAGCUGUUGAUCUUGCUGCUAGAAUUCCACCGCCACAUCUACUUUUACCACCCCAUCUCGGUGGAUUUCCCGGUCUAACAUCAUUCGCAACCCACCUAGCUGGUCUCAAUGGUCUCACCCAUCAACACUUCAGCCAACUAAAUCAUCUAACAAGGCUUGGACACGAGCACGAUAAUCAACCAACAUCACCAAUGUCAGGCCCAACCUCACCAGCACCAUCGCCAAGCCCCAGUGACGAGCGCAAUGAGCAAAUAAGGUGUAAUGUACCCGGAUGCGAGAGAAUAUUUGGCUCGCGAGCUGUACGCGAUGCACACUCUCGCGAUCCACAGGCGCACAGAGAUCUAUCCACCGUAUCAACUAGCACCUCGUGACCGAUGUCACCGUACCCGCUCGCGAUCACACGACGCGGCUACGAUUCAUUCCCGUGAUUACAAAUAUUUUUACGUCGAUGUGGUGUACCGAGGAGAAUUCAGGUAUGAUAUUAAGGAUAUCCGAGUCUCUCAUUGAAAUUCCAUUUUUCGUUAUAAAUAAAUCAUAAAAAUUCUUCCAACUGUUCCAAUUCUCGUAAUUGUUGUUAUUUUUAUUUUUUAUAACUUGGAAUUAUCGCCUGGUAAAUUUGUGAAUUUGGAACCAAUUUAUUGUUUGUAAAUGAUUUAUGCAAGAAUAUUCGUCGUUUAUGAUGAUUAUUAUUAUGUAAUUACUGAAAAUAACGCGGAUAUCCUUAAAUACUUUCAAUCUUUCAACACCUCUUCGUAAUUCACUCUAAUGAAAUCAUGACUGGCUACUCGACUAUUUAUCAAAUCCCCGACGAAAGUAGUCAUAAACUUCCGUGGAAUAAAGAAUAAAAAAAAAAAGAAAGAAAUCAUGAUCGUUGUGAUUCGCAUACGUUAGUGAUGGUACUGCUAAUAUUUAAUCAUUAAUCCAGCCCUAGUGAAGCUGUAUAUAUUUAAUCGAUGUAUUUGACGUAUAGAAAUGGUUUUCAUUGUUAAAUCGAUGAACGAUAAUAAACCGAGUAGAUGAAAUAAUUAACCGACUUUGUGAAUUUAUUGGGAGACGAGUGUUGAGAUUUUUGUAAAAGUAUCAGUUGGCGAGGUGCAUUGAAUAAUUAAUGGCAGCUAUAUUUGCAAUAACGGGAGUGAAGAUAGGAGAGAUAAUCCCAGAGUUUUGUCAAUCCGUUGAAUUAAAUAAAUAACGAUGAUAUCAUAGUGAAUAAAUUGUACAACUGACGCCCCAGUGAGGAUGACACUCUGGUUUUCAUAGACUUAAAAAAUUUUAAUCGAUGAAAUAAAAAAAAAAAGAACAUAGAUAGAUAUUAUUUAUUUGUUUCCUAGGGAUCUUAUUAAUGUUAAUAUGUCAUGGGCGGCCAGUAGCGGGCACUGCCGCGACAACUUCCUCCUUUACUAGUUAAUAUUGAAUGAAGGUACACGGAGUUAAUAUGAAUUGUCGUAAACGUCGUGAAUAAAUUGAGAUAACAAAAAAAAAAAGCCAAUCGUUUGUAAGAUUAAUCGCUCGUUAUAAACUCGAUGAUGAAUCCUUUCAAGUGAUGCGCGUAUUUAAUGGACACCGAGAGACGAUUGUAAUGUCGCUGGGACAUAAGCACUUACUGCCUGUUGAAUUAUAUCAUUGUAAUCGCACCCGGAUUAAGUGAAUCUAAGUAAAUGCCGCCUAUACGAGAAAAUAAAUGAAAAAAUAAAUAAAAAAAUAAUAAACAAUCGCUUUAACCGUUCUCCUAUACCUCUUUUCCUGGGUUGUACAUAAAUAAUUUUAAAACGAGAGUAGAUCGAGAGUUAUUCCCAUUGUAGACCAUUAUGAAUUUAACCGUGAGAAAUACAAAUUUUCUACGCGAAUAUCUAUCAUUCAUUGAAAAUUCAUCGAGCCUAUUUUAUUUUCGUUCCUCUCAAUUUAUCUAUUUCAUCUCAAUUUUUUCGAGGUGAAAGCGCGUUGAGGGAUUUAUUUACCCUCUCAAUUCGUUGAGGGUCCAUUUUACGAUUGUAAUUAUGUAUAAACCGAACGCUAUAUGAUGUAUAUUAUAGAUCAAUUAUAAAUGAAAAUCACUCAUCACUAUGAAAA